GAUCGGAUCUCGACAGCACCCCUGGCGGCUGCUUUCACUCCGAAAUUAUUCAUUUGAAUCCGAUCUGUUGUAUUCAUAUAACGGAUUUUUGGCGGCAUCGGUUGUUGUUGUGUCUCCUCCGUUUUUUAAUCCUCUAAAUAUGCAAAGCAUGGUCCCAAAAGCGAUAUUUUUAUUUGAAUAAACGUCGAGGGUGGAUUGAAGCCGUUGAUGCAGUGAUAGACGUAGAAAAUUUUACAAAAAUGGCCAGGAAUCCACGGAAUCUUCGGGAGGUUAUAACUGAUAUCUUCAACGAGGCCCAGCAGAAGAAGGCAGGUCAUCGUAAACAGAUGAAAAAAUUGAAAGAAGUUUACGAGUCGUCCGACUUCGACCACUUCGUCUCUGAGUUCAUCCGCUGCCUCAAGUACCCCUUUGUCGUCCUGGAGAAAUACCCCGCAGUGGAGAACAUCCUGGACUUCGCAGCAAAGUUCGCAAUGAUGCUGCAGCCGGUCCCGGAGGCCCGAGACGAGACGAGUCCAGCAGAGUACGACGAAGAGGAGGACGAGUUGAACCCCCUCCUCCAGAAGCUCUUGGAGUUCUGCCUGGAGCACCACAGCGCUGUCGACGUAGCAGUGAGAUACCGUUGCUGCUACUUCAUAAAUCUCCUCCUCAGCUCGAUGAGCGAGGACGCCUACCUGAGCGACCAGACCUGCGACGACAUUCGCGAGGCCAUGACUGAGCGCCUCCUCGACAAAUCCCCCAAGGUCCGUGUGAUGGCGAUCUACGCGAUCCACAGGAUGCAGGACCCCAACAACCACGACUGCCCCAUAAUUAAAAUGUACAUCUUCCACAUGUCGAAGGAUGGAAGUGCUGAGGUGAGGAAGGCAGUAAUCCAGUGCACAGCGAAGAACCAGAGAGUCCUUCAGGCAGUUCUAGAGAGGAUCCGCGACAUCGAUGACUCCGUGAGAAGAUCAGCUCACGUAUUCUUCUCCAAAGUGACAGUCAAGUCCCUGACGAUAAAGCAGCGUCAGUUGAUCCUGCGAACUGGCCUGAACGACAGCGCCGAGAGUGUCCGCAAGGUCGUGAGGGACAUGAUUCUUCCAAUGUGGCUGGACGGCUUCCAGAAGGACUACUGCAAGCUCCUGUACGGUCUCGACGUUGAGAUUGAGCCUGAACUGGGCUCUCUCGUGCUGAAUACUCUCUUCGAGAGGGCCAACCUGGACACCCUCUUCAAGCAACUGCCACUGGACAGAGACGCCAAAUUAAUUCCAAUUGACGAUCUCACUGGGGAGAACGUUUUCUUCUGGAGGUGCUUCAUCCAGCAUCUCCACAAGAAGUCUGGGGACGAAGCUGCGAGUGAACGACUGCAGGACACAAUCCCAGAGCUGACGAACUUCUGUCGCUACAUCAGGGACUUUCAGAGCAUGAUGAUUGAAUUUGCGAAGGGACAGAGCGACGAGGACAAGGACGUGAAGACCCAGAAGAUGUCCCAGAAGUUUGGGCUUCUGCAGGUGUUUGAGAUCGCCAAGACUUACGAUCUGGGGGACGAGGUGGGCAGGGGGAACCUCAGGCAGUUGAUUGAGGACACUCUCAUGAGCGAAAUCUGCACGACUGAGAUCAUUGAGAGUGUUGUCAAGUAUUAUGAGAAGGUGGUGCCUGAUGUGCCCAGUCGGCUGACUUCUUUGGCUCAUGCCAUCAGCGAGAUCAGGGUGCCUACGCAGGUCGCUGAGAAUGUUGUCGAACAGGUGACUGAUGAGGAGGUCAGCGAGAGGCUGAUACAGUGUCAAAAAUUGAAAAAUACUCUCCUCCAAAGACAAAACGAUCAAGAUCUCCUGGUGCGAGCGAAGAAAUUCACAGCAGCAGCAGAGAUCGAGAAAGAAAUGGAGAUAUUGAAAAAAGAAAUAGAGGAACUAUCAAAGUCCCGAACAUUGAUCGUCCCCCAGACCCAGGAAGAAGCCAAGAAUGACUCUGAAACGAUGUUGAAGUGUCUGAGGAUCAUGUUCACAAUGGCUCAAGCCUCAUCGGUAACAACUCUGACAUCAACCCUGAGAAGUCUGUUCGACAACUUGGCGCUCCCCAGUAUCGACCACGAGGAUGGUGCUGUCCAAGCCCAGGCCCUGAAGGCAGUGGGUGUCUGCCUCUUCCUCGAUGGAGAGCUCGCCAAGAAGCACCUGAUGAUGUACCUGGUGGCGAUGACCUCAGACCAGGAGAACCAGGACCUGUGGCAGAUCUGUCUCGCAGUGAUCUUCGAUAUGUUCUUGCGAUAUGGUCUCGAUCAUUUCCAGGAGAUCAUCAGCACUGACAGGACUAUAGACAAUAGCAGGCAGAAUCCGGAGAACAGCAAGCGUCAUGGCACGAGGUUGUACAGCAGCGCUGACGACACAACAUUGACCCUGGAGACAGAGACUGGGGACAACAGACACAAUUUGAUUAAAAUUCUGCUCGAUCUGAUUGACCACUUGGAUAAGGACAUUCGUACAGCUGCUGUCACUGGGUUCUGCAAGCUCCUGCUGCAUGGAAAACUGAAGAGCAACGCUCUCCUGUCCACUCUGAUCAUCCGUCUGUACGACCCAGUCUCUAUAAAGGACGUGGAGUUGCGUGGGUCCCUCGUCAACUUUUUCAGAUAUUACCCCAGUUUCACUCCAGACGGUUGCACCUGCCUCCAGCAGGCCUUCAUUCCCACUCUCAAGAAGCUUGCCGAGAAUCCGUACAACAGCAGUGACAUCGACCCUUACAAUAUUGCUAAGUUUAUUAUCGAUUUGACUAGCAGUAGUCUUCAUAAACCAGGCAAGGAGAAUUACACAGCCCACAAUCAAUUAGCACUAGAUAUCCUGAAAGAAAUAGCUGAGGAGGAUUCGGAAAUCGAUGUCAAGACCCUCCUGAAAUCGCUGAAGCAGUUGAUAAUUCGAUGUGAAGAUGAUGAGAUGAAGAAUCGAAUGAGGGAGGCUGUUGACAAAGUAAUAGAGAUGGUUAAUCCGAGCGAGAGGGCUGCCCUCAAGACCCUCGAGGCGUUCAGGAGGCAGUUCGAACUGCCUGAGGCUCCCCAAGGUGAUGGCGAACAAGCUGAACCAGAAAGGCCGCCGCAGGAAGCGGAACCCAUCGAGGAGGAUGAGCCAGAGGAGUAAUUUUAGGAAUGUUUAUGAUUUUGUCUAUUAAACUGUUGUCGAUUUAAUCGCAGGAAUGUCGAUAAUUUUUUCAAUUUUUGUACAGAAGUUUUGAAAAUAAAUACGAAUAUGAUGCAUUUUGA